AUGUCUCAUCUUUCCCAGCUCUAUUGCUCUCUGCUCAAACAUUACUGUGAAACCAACAAAUUAAACGAAGUGAAGAAGCUUCAUUGCUUCAUACUAAAAACCCUCGAUUACCCAGAAACCUAUUUGUUGAACAACCUCAUUAAUGCUUACGGGAAGCUUAACAGUUUAGGCUAUGCACGCAACACGUUCGAUCAAAUUCCAAGCCCGAAUCUUUUUUCAUGGAACUCCAUUUUAUCAGCCUAUUCGAAAUCUGGGGAUGUCUCAAGGAUGAGGGAAACUUUUAAUUUCAUGCCAAGAAAAGAUCGGGUUUCUUGGAAUUUGAUUAUUUCGGGGUAUGCCUCUCAUGGGUUCUGCAAAGAGGCUUUGAAGGCUUAUAAGCUGAUGAUAAGGGACGAGUUGAUUUGUUUGAAUCGGAUUACGCUGUCCACUAUGCUUAUUUUGUCAUAUGAUAAGGAUUGGAUUCAUUUGGCAAGGCAAAUACAUGGGCAGAUCAUGAAGUGUGGUUUCAUGUCCUGUGUUUUCGUUGGAAGUUCAUUGCUGGACAUGUAUGCAAAGUCGGGUUUGAUAUGUGACGCAAAGGAGGUUUUUCACCAGCUUCCUGAGAAGAAUGUGGUCGUAUACAAUACAAUGAUUAUGGGUUUUUUGAGGUGUGGAUUGGUGGAUGAGGCGGCACAUUUGUUUCAUUUGAUGGCCGAGAAAGAUUCUAUUUCGUGGACGUCAAUGAUAACAGGUUUAACGCAGACUGGUCUGGAAAAAGAUGCCAUUCAUUUCUUCAGAGAGAUGAUCAUGGAAGGAUUGGCGGCUGAUCAAUUUACUUUUGGAAGCAUCCUAACUGCUUGUGGAGGUCUCGUAGCCUUGGAAGAAGUGCACUUGUUGAUAUGUACGCAAAGUGUAAAUGCAUUAGGUAUGCAGAGUCAGUGUUUAAGAGGAUGGCAAACAAAAAUAUCGUCUCCUGGACAGCAAUGGUUGUGGGGCUUGGCCAAAAUGGUUUCAGUGAGGAAGCUAUUCAUAUUUACUCUGAGAUGCAGAGAAAUGGGUUCAAACAAGAUCAUUUUGCACUGGGAAGUGUAA